AUGCAGAGUGGCCGGGUGCUGGGCGCCCUUCCUCGACACUGUGCUCCUUUCUUUCUUCGACGCGGGAUCGGCGUGGCGUCGGUGGUGUUAAACCAGUUUUCCCGUCCAGCAUGGCAAGUUGCAAUGCGUGGAUGCGCCACAAGGAAUGAAGUGAAUCAGCUCGAAUCAUCAAAGGAUGCAGGGGCAGCAACAAAUUUGGCAACCAAGCGGCUCGUGGGUGAGGACACUGACUGGGACGACAACAGUAUUCUGGAAGACAUCAGAUGUGUCUUGUGCUCGGAGCUUUUACCAGGGGAAGGGACUCCGCAGGCGGGGAACGACAAUUCCUUGCCGCUUCACACACUCUUUCGCGCACUGGGCCCAAUGCUGCGGUUGCGGUUGCAGAACUCCUCAUUUGGGGCGCUUGCCAAUGCGCUGAAGAGCAGGCCAAGCUGGUUUGCCCUUAGCUCCGAUGGCUCCAAGGUGGGACUCACGGAGGAGGCACGAUCCUACCGCGCGGAAAUCCAGGGUACGGAUGAACUCAACGAAAACGGCGUGGGUGGAAGACAACGCCAUGAAGCUGGCCGCUCGAAGACCGUCGUUGUUGGGGGUGACGCAGAAACUUGUUCCUUCAAGGAGCGAAAGAAGUUGCCCACAAAACAUACGGUGGUGGUUCGCGGAUGCUUUGUUUCAACUCCGGUAGAUGUCUCAAAGCCACCGCUCACAUCGGACGAGCUCGAGAAGUGGAAACUUACUCGCCUUAUUCUCCCUCUUACCUUGCAUUUCCUUUUGGAUGGGGAGCCGGUAACGUUUUUUCCACAUGGAGAGAAACCGCGAUGCUUGUCACCCGAUCUGGCAGAGAUCGAAGACCUUUAUGUCUCGAAGGGCCAGUUCCCGCCCUCUGAGGUGGCUGCCGCGUUUGUGCACAUCACACCUACUUUUUUUGUGGAGACGCGCCAUGUUCUUGCGGCGAUGUCUCCAGACGUGGCUCAGCGUCUUGAGCGUCGCUUCCCGAAAGAUCGUGUGGUGGACGGUUUUUUUAAAAAGUAUCCCAUGAUCUUUAAGCUCAAGCUGGGCAGGGUUCAGAAGGCGGCGGUAAAACUAAACUUGGACUUCAGCUUUAUUCGGAAUUACCCGGGCUGUGGUAUGGCAGAUCGUCCGUUGCGUCGCCACAACCAGGAGUACCGGGCAACGGUGGGCGGGGUUGUCGCUCGACCGCUGACCUCGUCUUCAGGGGAAACAGACUCGCAGGGUCGUCGUCUGGAGUCGCAUGUUGACGUCAAAAUUUUCGAGAUCCUUGUGAGAAAUUUGCCUCGGUUUCCGACGGACGCGUCACUCUCAAGGCUGGAGCUUGAAGAGAAACGUUGUGCGCCAUUUCCCUUAGUGGGGUGGAUCGACGGCUUCUCUCAGGAGGACUUAGAAGUAUUGAAUAGCGUCCCACAGCAGCGUGUGUUGACAUUACUAACGCGUUAUUCACAUAUCUUUCAAUUGCUUUGCCGAGGCGAGGAUGCAAACCUAUUUGCAGAGCACCGGGAUCUGGCGUCGGUAACGAACUCAAGCCUCACACGACGCACUCACCAGGGUGUCGAUACGAAGGGUAAUGUUGUAUCGCCUUCAAAUUCAGAGUCUGUUUGCGACUUACAUGAUCCUUCUCACGCAAAUACCUUGGCGGUGGAGCAGGAAAAGACAGAUAACAUGGCGGCAAACACUUCUCACGCAUCGGACGCCGAAAGGCAACGACGGGACGCAAAUAUAACUGCGGCGCUAAGGGAUGAUUUGCUUGGCAUGGACGACAUCCUCAGCGGCAGCGCGGAGUCCAUGCCGGCCCCACCACCAGAGGGAGCGGAUACGGAGCCGGGUGACACUUUGAAUGCCGCUGGAGAGGAUGAGAUGAAUGCCGCGGAGGGUGAGCAGGAGGGUGAUUUAUUUACAGAGCAUGACGUUGAGGAGGGGGCAUGUUAUGAUAAGGAUGAAGAGCGGACAACGUUGAAGGAGCGUGGGAGAGAUGCUGCGAAGAAGGAUGCCCCGAGCCCGAUCGUUUCGGCAGCCGAUGAUGAAAAUGACGGUCCUUAUAUUCCUUCUCGGUAUGACAUCCUUUACGUGCGACGUCUUCCAAAACGAAUAGCGCCACGAAGUCUGAGUGACUACAAUGCUACCAACUCUCCGGAACCGGAGUUGCUGCGACACAUUGCUUCGUUUCUAAAUCCACCUCCAUCCCUGCAGGGAACAAAGCGGCUGAACCUGCAGUUGGAGGAGAAGUCGCCUGCAGGAAAUCUCUUUUCCAGCGGAAGUAGUUCCGGUCCGUGGCGAUGGGUGCCGAUUCAGCGUAUUUAUGCCUCUCUCAAUAGAGAGCAAAAGCGUCUCCUACGGCCUUUGAAAGGGCUCGUACACUUUAUGCGGCUCCAUGGUGAGAUCUUUGAGCUAAGUACGGACUUGUUGCACGUUAUUGCCCAUGAUCCGGAGGGGCAGAUUCCACCAUUUGUCCCAACACAGAUGGUUUUCCACAGUGAGGAUCGUGUGCUGCUUCCACAAACAUUUGAUGAUGAUGAAAAGUCUAAGGUGUCGCUGAUAGCGGAUUCGGAGCGAACUAGGUUUGAACGUAUUCUUGGCGCCAGUCAAAUUCCAACGGAUCGUCGGCAGUUGCUGCUUCUCGACCCUUUGAACCCGUUGCUGCACCACGAGAUACUAUGUGAGGAGGUUUCGUUUUUCAUGCCUGACCACCCCGUUUCACACAUUCAGUUGCUGACGCGUUUACCGCCAAUUUUGAAGGCGGCGCUUUCUGUGCGACACAAAAACAACUUUAGGACCAGUAGGCAUCUGACGGUGUGGAUGGAUGGUAGCCGCAUGAUGCUGCAAAAGAGUCAAUUGGCCGUGCCAGAGUCGGCACGGGCGGGUGAGGAAACCAUCCCGGUGGAGGACGCUAUUGAAGCGUUGCGUGAGGUGAUCCCAGAUGAAGGUGUGCUGAUAGGGUAUCUGAACCGUAUGCUUCCCAGCGCCGCCAAAAGGACGUUAAAAACACACUUUGGCAACAUCUACAAUGCCGUGCUUGGGUAUCCACAAUACUUUUAUCUUGAGAAGGUGGAGGGAAGUCGAGCAAACAGCACGGUUUUUCUCGUUGAACGUCUUCAGGAAGAAGAAUAG